GUUCUUUCCUUGACCGACACAAUCUCCGUAGAGUGUGUUUCUGGCCCUUGGUCUGGUGAGGCUAUGAUUUUUUGAAUUCUCCUAUUGUACAACAAUUCGCCAUAAACUAUUUCUUCGCCAACCCCUCGCGGACGACCUCGUCGACACAGCUCACGACCACGUCGACGAUCGCCCUGACUUCGUCUGCGGUGAUGUUGUACGCGGGCGCGAACAUGAUGUGGUCCCCCUGCGUGCCCUCGACAUUCGCGCCACCGACCAUUCCCAUGAUCAUGAGCCCGGCCUGGAAGCACCGCUCCUCGACGACAAACGCGAACCGCUUCCCGCCCAGAUCGAGCGAGCUCACAUCAAACUCCACAGCCCAAAACAUCCCCGCGCCGCGGAUCUCGGCCACGUAGUCCCGCGCGAGCGCGCCGUCCGCCGCGAGCCCCUCGCGCAGAAGCGCGCCGAGCAGGUCGCCCUGCGCGGCGCAGUUCUCGAGCAGCUUCUCCGCGACGAUGACGCGCUGCACGGCGAGCGAGGCCGCGGAGCACAGCGGGUGCGCCUGGUACGUGUAGCCGUGCUGCCAGACGCCGGAGCCCUCGCUCAGCACGCGCGCGACGCGCGGCGCGAUGAGCACGCCGCCGAUGGGCGUGUAGCCCCCGCCGAGGCCCUUGGCGACGGCCUGGAUGUCCGGCGAGACGCCGUCGGCGACGCGCUCCCAUGCGUGCAGCGUGCCCAUGCCUGGAUUGGGGCUGUCAGCGGGGGGAGACGGAGGGAGGAGAGGGGGGUACGCACGGCCCAUGCCGCACAUGACCUCGUCGAGGAUGAGGAGUGCGCCGUACUUGUCGCACACGGAUUUCACGGCGGCGAAGUACCCUUUCGGGGGGAUGACGACGCCGGAGCUGGCUCCACCGACGGUCUCGGCGACAACUGGGGGUGUGUGUCAGGUCACUCUUGUGUUGUUGCAGGACGAGCGCUUACAGGCGAUGACAGUGUCUGGCCCUAGUUCGACGAACUUGGCCUCGAGCUCGGCGCGCAGGCGCUCAACGAACUGCGGCUCGGACUCGCCCUCGCGCUGGUAGCGCCGCGCGUAGGCGGGCGAUACGUGAUGGAAGCGCUUGCUGUCGAGGAUGUCGUCGUACGGCGCGCGGCGUGCAGCGUUCCACGCGACGUUGAGCGUGCCGAGGGACGCGCCGUGGUACGACGACUUGCGGCCGAUGUAGUUCACGCGCUGCGUCUGGCCGAGUUCCCAGAAGUACUGUGGGUGUGUGCUGCGUCAGAACGACUCGGGUGCAGAUGGAGAUGCCGACGCGGGGCUAGGUCACCUGGCGAGCUGUCUUGAGGGCGCCUUCGACGGCUUCGCUGCCCCCGGACGCAAAGGCGAUGUGCGCAAAGGCACCGUGCGACCUGUCGAUGAUGUUCCGUGCGAGCAUCUCCGUCGGCGCGUUCGUCAGCUGCGUGUGGAACGUGACUGCGAACACGGCGUCGGUCAGCCAAACGAUCGAGGCACGCAGCCGGCUGGCACCACCCACAGUUCAGCGUCCCCGCCUGCUCGCGGAUGGCCUCGACGACGGCAGGGUGGCCGUUCCCGAUGCAGACGACGGCCGCGCCGCCGAUCGCGUCCGUGAUGCGGCUGCCGUCCUCGAGGUCGUAGUAGAUCCCCUGCGCUUUCACGGCCAGCGGCGGCGUCUUGUAUGUCUUGUGCAGCACGGCAGACUUGCUGAAGGACCGGAAGCUGGCGAUAUCUCCCAUGGUGCAGUGGAUUUGGAUCUGGACGACUGGGAGUGACGAGGGUGUGAUCCUCUGCAUUCCAGGAUCACAUUUCGAGCCACCGUAUCAACAUGUGAUUCCCUUCUCAUACAUAAUGAACUUGUUGGCAAGCGGAA